UUGUUUUUAUUGCCGUUGUUUCUCCUGUCUCUGGAGGCGACCGCGAUCGUUAGACGGGCAGCAGUAGGAAGAGGCAGAGAUCGAUCGGUCCAUCCAGUACAUCUCCUGCCACAGAGGAAACUAUCAGUGCUGGACUCUGUUGGUCGUUCGAUUAUUUUGAAUUGCUAAGUUGAGAUAUUGAGACUAAGAUGUUAACAUGAUAUGUUAUAUGUGCUCCUUGACAUCUGCAAAUGAUGCUGGUUGACAUAUAUAACUUUACACAAGCCCCUGUGGAGCUUCCUACUGAUGGUGUUAGUGGCCUUUUGAUUAUAGGGACAAUCUGUUACAAGCAAGCUUGGAAUGCAUCGUGUGACAAGUUCCAAUAACACAUCUGGUUCAACUCGUCAUCGGAAAGAGAAACGCUUAACAUAUGUGCUGAAUGAUGUAGAUGACAAAAGGCAUUGUGCAGGCAUUAAUUGUCUGUCUGUUUUAAAGUCUGCACCACCCAAUGGCUGUGAUUAUCUUUUCACUGGGAGCCGAGAUGGGACAAUAAAAAGAUGGGCUUUAAACAAUACUGAAGCUAGCUGUUCAGCGACAUUUGAAUCUCAUGUUGAUUGGGUCAAUGAUGCAGUUCUGGCUGGUAACACGCUUGUUUCCUGCUCUUCAGACGCCACCGUUAAGAUGUGGAAUUCCUUGUCUGAUGGUGCUUGCACUAGAACACUCCGGCAACAUUCUGAUUAUGUUACUUGUCUCGCUGCUGCUGAGAAAAAUAGCAACAUUGUUGCCUCCGGGGGACUAGGUGGUGAGGUUUUCAUAUGGGACGUUGAUGCAGCUCUUUCACCAAUUGCUAAGCCUGUUGACACAACUGAAGAUAAGAUUUCCAAUGGAAAUGAUGGGCAUCCAUUGUCAAGUUUGUGCUGUAGCAAUGCAGACAAUAACAUGUCAAUUCACAACUCUCAAUCCCAUGGGUACAGUCCCAUUCCUGCAAAGGGCCAUAAAGAGUCAGUUUAUGCUCUAGCAAUGAAUGAUAGUGGGACCCUGCUUGUAUCUGGUGGAACUGAAAAGGUUGUACGUGUUUGGGAUCCAAGAACUGGUUCAAAAAAGAUGAAACUAAAAGGUCACACUGACAACAUCAGGGCUUUGCUUCUUGAUUCUACUGGCAGGCUUUGCUUAUCAGGUUCAUCUGAUUCAAUGAUUCGCCUAUGGGAUCUUGGUCAACAGCGCUGUGUACACUGUUAUGCUGUCCAUACAGAUUCAGUCUGGGCACUUGCCAGCACCCCAACAUUCACACAUGUUUAUAGUGGUGGUAGAGACCUAUCUUUGUACCUGACAGACUUGUCAACAAGAGAGAGCAUUUUGCUUUGCACAAAAGAGGAUCCAAUUUUACAAAUGGCCUUACAAGACGAUAGUAUAUGGAUAGCAACAACAAAUUCCUCUGUAGACAGGUUUCCAGCUGAAGUACAUAAUCCUCAGAAGAUUUUUCAAAGAGGUGGUUCAUUCAUAGCAGGAAAUUUGUCAUUUACAAGGGCAAGAGCUUCUUUAGAAGGAUCUGCUCCUGUUCCUGUAUAUAACAAACCAUAUUUCACUAUUCCUGGAAAUUUGGGAAUUGUACAGCAUGAAAUCUUAAAUAAUAGAAGAUAUGUCUUGACGAAGGACACUGCAGGUUCUGUUAAGCUGUGGGAGAUUACCAAGGGAGUUGUCAUUGAGGAUCAUGGAAAGGUUUCAUUUGAGAAGAAGAAAGAAGAGCUGUUUGAAAUGGUGAGCAUACCUGCAUGGUUUACAGCAGAUACUCGGCUUGGUUGUUUAUCUAUCCAUUUGGAUAGUCCUCAAUGUUUCUCCGCUGAGAUGUAUGCUAUUGACAUGAAUAUACCAGGAGCACAAGAUGAUGUCAAGAUUAAUCUAGCUCAGGAGACACUUCGUGGCUUGUUGGCCCAUUGGAUGGCCAAAAGAAGCCAGAGGAAGGGAUCGCCAAUUUCAUCUAAUGGUGAUGUUGCAACUGAGAAGGAUGUUUCCAUUCGAAAUCUUUCUCAUUCAAAACUUGAGGUGGAUGAUGGAGCUGAAAACAGUAAAUCUGGCAUGCUUCCUUCGUUUGAGUUUUCCACAGUUUCGCCUCCAUCAAUAAUUACAGAAGGUUCACAUGGAGGUCCUUGGAGAAAAAAGAUUACAGAUUUAGAUGGUACAGAAGAUGAGAAAGAUCUUCCUUGGUGGUGUAUUAAUUGUGUUCUAAAUGGACAGUUACCUCAAAGAGAAAAUACAAAAUGUAGCUUCUUUUUGCUACCUUGUGAAGGUUCAACUGUGCCAGUCAUCACACAGGGGAAAUUGAGUGCACCAAGGAUAUUGAGGAUGAACAAAGUGAUUAGUUAUGUUAUGGAGAAGAUGGUUCUUGACAAACCAUUGGAUGGUGGAAGCUCUGAUGCGACAAUUGUUUUAGGAGUCAGCAUGACAAAGACACAAGUUCCAUCAAGUGGAGUAAAACAGAGCAUGAAGUCAUGGCCAAAGCUAAUGCCAUCUAUUGACAUCUUGUGUAAUAACCAGGUCGUAUCUCCGGAAAUGAGUUUGGCUACUGUUCGAACAUACAUAUGGAAGAAGCCAGAAGACUUGAUCCUCAAUUACAAAGUGGUGCAGACUCGAUGAUGACACAACUCAUUAUGACAAUGGUGAAUUCAAUUAACAUUAUUCUACAUAGCAUAAUUGUCACAUGAUAGCAUUUCUUUCUUCACCUUAGACACCAUGAGCCGCAGUGUGAUAUUUUUCUUUGUAGUCAAUUCAAUUGUGCAUGUAGAAAUCAGACUAGUCUCUGAUUUUGCAGAUUGUAUAGAAUCUGGUAGAUUUAUUCCUAGGUUACACUUGCUUUUUCUAAUUAAGUUGGUUGUCUUUGCCCUGUAAAUUUUGUGAGUCACCUAAUUCUUUACUGAUUAAUAUGUGAUUUGGCAUGGAAGCUUCCUAAGCCACACUAGAUGUAUGAUUUA